UCAUAACUUAUCUGUAAUUCAGGGCUAUUAUUAGAGUUUUAUAGAACUGAUCAAUUGAAUAAUAAAUAUAAAAUCACUAAAUUCAAACCUCGUAUUUGUAUCUGUAUGUACAUAGAUAUCAAAGAAUGGUAUAAAUCACAAUCUCAAAUCUCAAUCGGGUAAAAAUGUAAAAAAAAAAAAAAAAAUAAAGAAUAGAUCAUCAAGCAAAAUAAUUGGAGUUCCCAAAUAAUGGACUGGCGGUGUUCUCAGACAUAUCAUGUUGUUGAUGAUGAUGGUACAGCUUCGUGUUGGACCGUCGAUUAUUCUGUCGGUACAGAUCAUACGGCUCCCACAGAUAAUCCAACGGACACGGUUUCUUCUCAUCAAGCCUCUCCCAUGGCUUCCCCUUCCCGCUCCAAUGCAGCAGGCUCACCGGACCGGGGUGCAGACUCCGGCAAGACCCUCUCACGUUGUCGCCGCCGAGCCCGUGCUGGUUCCACCGGUGGUCGAUCGGCUCCACGUUCCCGCCAAAAACCAGCAAGAACGGCGGCAGAGAACCCAGCUCGUAUACCCUUCUCUUCUUCUGAAGCUCCAUCCAUCCCUCGAUCUUCUCUCUGUAAUUCCCCUUCCGCCAUUCCCGGAGAUCCAUCACCAUCACGCCGGUGUUGAAGUAGCAGGGCUCUCUCGAUUCGAAUACCCGGGGGAGAACCGGGUCGGACCAGAACGAGUCCGUGAAGUAUUUGGUGAAGUUCGCGUGGCAGUAUUCGGGCGCCCCGAUGACCCGGGACUGGCUGAGCCGGACUUCCCAGAGCUUCUGAAUGUCGUCGAUGAGGAUCACGUCGGAAUCCAGGUAGAUGACCCGGUCAACGCACGGGUCGAGCAGGUCGCCCAGAUAGUUCCGGGCGUAGUUCAACGGGUUCUCCAGCGCUUGUCGGAUCGAGGACGAGAUCAGGUUUCUGACCGCGUCUUCCUUGAAGACGUAGACCUUGAAAUUGAGCGAAGGGAAAACGGACUGCACGAGGCGGGUCAGGACCCGGGGAUUCGCCGGGUCGAACUCGGCGGCCAAGAAGUGGAAGAAGACGUUCUCCGGGCACGAGGCGUGACGGAGGACGGAGUGGACCGCCGCCAGCGACCCGCGGAGGUACUGGGAGUCGAGGGUCAUUGCCACAUGGACAAGCGACGGGGAGCAGUACUGGUCCGGCAUCGUUUUGCCCCUCGCCGGAGCCGGACAGUUCGCCCCAUUCCGGUAGGCCGGCGCCUCUGAAAAUCCAAAUCCAGCAUCUCCCCGGCCAUUACUCUCCACCGGCAGGAUCCGAAUCCCAACACAGCACGACGGUGAGAACCCAAUUAUACAGACGAUUAAAACGGCUGCCCAGAUGAUUGAAUCUACUCCAGGAUGAGGAUACUUCAUCAUCAUCCCUGGAAUUCGGAUGAAUUGAAUUUCCAAGAACGCUCAACUGUUUCUGGAUCUCUUGUGAAUACAAAUUCGAGAACAUAAAUAUAUAUGAUGAAAUAAUCCGAGUUAAGCUAACAUUCUGCGGCAGAGUUGUAGUGGGAUUGGGGAAGAAGUAAAGAAGAAAAGGGAUACUUCUGGAGAAGGGGAAGAGUCAAAACACACAUGAUGAACACGUAUUUUGGGGGUAAUGCUUGAAAAGUUAUUCUAAAAAAAGCAUUACGGAGUCCGUAUUACCUA